AUGGCUCCAUUAGUGGUCUCGUCGACAGGCGCGACAAUCAAAGAACUCGAGCGAAAGCUGUCUAUCGCGAAAGAUGAAAUUACGGCCCUGACUCAACAAAUCAACGAUGAGCACAUAAUAAACGGUCGAGAACGUGUAGAAUGCGCAACGCUUCAGAAAGGAACAGAAAAUUUGAAACGUGCCCUGGCAGAAAAUGUUUUAUUCACUGAAACCAUCACGCAAACCUUGAGAGAGGCGCGUUGGGACAACGACAGGUUCCGGCGCGAAAUCGGAUGUCUUCAAUCCGAGAUUUGUAGGAUGCAAAGCGAACGCGUACAAACGGACAAAUACAUAAGUUUUAUCGAUCAACAGCUACUCGAACGCAACCGGACGAUAGAAGAGCUACACGGACAAAUUUCAUCCAUCUGGGACAAGGUCAAUGCGACGAAGUCGUCUGAGAUCGCCUCAACACAUAUUCAAAAGUGCUAUAACAGCCAGACUACCUUUCUGGCCAGUCUUAACAUGUCUGUGGUCGCACAGAUUCAAGCGCUGGUGACGAGAUUUAGUCAUGAAUCCAGCAACAAGCAAGAAGUGGAGAAACAGCUCUCAAAAGCUCGUUCGCACGCUACAAAGCUCAAUGAUGAAACAGAAAAGCUUCGGCGCCAUCUUCAAAUGAGUCAGAAAGAGACAAAAACACUCAGAAAUGAGGUAAAGAAACAAAGCGAAGCAAAGAAAUUUCUCGAACACGAACUAAAAAAGUCUAAACAAGACGCAAACAAUACCUCUAGUAAAGGACACAUUGUUACGGAAGGGCAGUUCCAGCAUAUCCAAGACGCUAUCACUCUCUGCCCCGGAAAAGCGAUGGGGGAGGUAGAGCGUCUCAAAAGCCAAAUCGAGGAGAAGGAGAUCAGAAUUCAAGAGCAAGUAAUGCUCCAGAACAAAUUAGAAGAUUCUAUAGCACAUCAGGCGGAGGAGCACCCCCUUACAUCACAGAAGUCAAGUGAACUUCGGGAACGCCUCAAUUCUCUCGGGGAAGGGUUCCGACACGAUGCGGGCCUGUCCGAGGACGUUGAUGAUCUUAAUCAACAGGUUGCGAAGCAGAUGGAACGGGUGAGCGAGCUAGAAGCCCGUAACGAGAUUCUAGAGGACGAAUGUGCUCAACUGAGGGACGACGUGUUACGACAUGCCAAAAGUUCAGAGCUGCUGAAGCAGGAAUCCUUUCACUAUAAAGGCCGCAGCAUAACUAACGAACGUGAUAUUCUCGAUGCUCUUGGGAAAAACCGGGCACAACUCUCUUGUCACAUCUACGACACAAUACUUGACGUUACGAAAGAUAUCAAUGAUGUCUACGACGCGAACGAUGCAGUUAAUGCUCUGGACGGAUUUUUUGCUGAAGUCGAAGGCAGCAUUCACUUGUUUUCGCUACAAGUCGAUAACGAUGUCGUGAUGUUUCAGCAACUCAUUAAUUCAUUCAAGCGGCUCAAACCUUGCCCCUGGUAUGGAGAUAGCCUGGUCGAGGCCCAAGAUAUGUAUGAGAAAACUGUUUGUUUUAGGAAAGCCGCAUCAUCGUUUCGGCAAGAUGCGUCCCGUGAACUUCAGGCCUUGGCGUCGUCGAAGCCCAACGUGCUUCCUUUUUCUGUCACUAUGGCGGAAAGGCAGACCGCUUUGUCUGGAAAGAUUCCCACAGCGAGACUUUUGUUAUCUUAUGUACUUGUUACUGUUGUUCUAUGGAUAUGCAACUGGAUGCCAUUCAUCCUUCGGUCAUUCCUAGUGGUGUUCUCGUGCCAUUUUGGAUACCUUUGGGCUGCGCGUGCUCAGGAAGCUCGCGAAAACAACAGUCGCAAAUACCUGGAGUCGCUAUGCGGAGAUCCGGUCGCCGGACGGAUGUCUGCGGUAUCCGCUCGAGAGGCGCACAAGCAGCUUCUGGCUUCAUCGUCUGCGGCCCCGAGUAAAUGGGAUACAAGGCAGGUGGUGAUGCCUGCCAAGAAUCCGGAAUCUAAAAAUAGAGGCAAAAAGAAGAAAAGAUAA